GCAUGGACGUCGUGUUCGCGAAGAAUGUGGUGAACGAAGCUGAAUUUUUCUUUGAAGGGAACCGGGAUAUUUUAGCCGAUUUUCGGCCGUCUGAAAAUGGAGGAGACCAAAAUUAUAUACCAUAUAGACGAUGAAGACACACCAUAUCUUGUGAAAUUACCAAUUCCUGCUGAUCAAGUGACUUUGGGCGAUUUUAAGAAUGUUCUUAACCGGCCGAACUACAAAUUUUUCUUUAAAUCAAUGGACGAUGAUUUUGGAGUCGUCAAAGAAGAAAUUGUAGACGAUGAGACUAAGCUACCGUGCUUCAACGGCCGGGUGGUGUCAUGGUUGGUUCCCGGCGACGGUAGCACGGGGGCGCCCUCCGACACUGCGUCACAAUGCCAAAGCGAGGCUCCGUCAGACCUGCAGCCCCCCAUGGAGCGAACGGGUGGCAUCGGAGACUCACGCCCACCCUCAUUUCAUGCGAAUGCAGCUGGUAGUGUUGAUAAACUCAGCGACACAGAAACAGAAUCUGUCAUCAGCUCAAGACGAGUUUCUCGUCCGAAGAGGGAUCACCAUCGAAGCGGUCAUGGGUACGAGAGUUCAUCGACCACCAUGAGCAGCGACAUUGAGUCCACAAGUUAUUUCGAUUCCACGGAUGACGAUAGCAGAUUUAGUAGUGCAACAGAGCGAAGCAGCUCUUCAAGGUUAAUGCGAAAUAAACACAGGAAACGGAGGCGGAGACCGCGCAUGCCUCAAGUCCAGCGUGCCUCUUCUUUUAGUAGUAUAACAGACUCAACCAUGUCACUCAACAUUAUCACUGUCACCUUAAACUUGGACAAAAUCAAUUUCUUGGGUAUCAGCAUUGUUGGACAGAGCAACAAGGGAGGAGACGGUGGCAUCUACGUAGGCUCCAUUAUGAAAGGGGGAGCGGUAGCAGCAGAUGGAAGAAUUGAACCUGGAGACAUGAUUCUGCAGGUGAACGAAGUCAGUUUUGAGAACAUGAGUAAUGAUGAUGCAGUCAGGGUAUUAAGAGAAGCCGUGCACCAACCAGGGCCAAUCAAGCUUGUCGUUGCCAAAUGUUGGGAUCCGUCACCUAAAGGAUACUUCACCAUCCCAAGAAGUGAGCCUGUCCGACCUAUUGACCCCAGUGCUUGGGUCGCCCACACCAACGCUAUGAAAGUAGCUGCCUAUCACGGUCAAGCGGGAGCCGUCAGUCCAUCCAUGACCUCUAUGACCUCUGGGAGUUCAUCCCUAACAAGCUCUAUACCAGAAUCAGAGAGAAUGGAAGAUUUCGGACCACUGUCGAUUCAUUCUGACAUGACGAUCAUCGUACGAGCCAUGGGGUCCCCAGACUCUGGCCUGGACAUCAGAGACCGGAUGUGGCUCAAAAUCACCAUUCCAAAUGCUUUCCUAGGUUCAGACGUAGUGGAGUGGCUUCACACCCACAUCGAUGGUUUCAUGGACAGACGAGACGCUCGGAAGUACGCCUGUAAUCUCCUCAAAGCCGGCUACAUCAGACACACAGUCAACAAAAUCACCUUCUCAGAACAGUGCUAUUACAUCUUUGGCGAUUUAUGUGGAAAUAUGUCGGCCUUGUCACUUGGGGACGAUGCUUCUGAAGUGGAUCAGGACACCCUGGCGCCCCUCCCACAACACUGGAUGCCCCCUAGUCAGAUACCCCAGAAUAUACCCUCGGCCCCGCCUCUUCCAUACCAACCGAUAGGUUACGCCCCGUUUGACACAGCUAGUUACACCAGCUUUGGAAAUGGUAGCGUUGGAAGUGCUGGCAGCGGAGGAAGUAGUGGUUCGGGUCACAGCCAAGAACACAAAGAUCGGAAAGGCCGCAGCAAAGGAAGCUCUGGCAGUGAAUCUGACGCAACCUCCAUCAUCAGUCGCUCAACAAGAGGAGAAAUGGUCAUCCGCGCUGACGGAUCACUACGCGGUGAAACGCCCCCAAUGUCUGUGAACUCAAUGCCCAUGGGCAGUGCCAUCCCCCCUGUGGGCCAAAUGACUGGUAUCGGACCAGCUGCCCCUAUUCAACCCUUAAUGCCCCCGGGCGUGGUGGGUAUGGGCCCGGGCAUGGUGCCGGGCAUGGUGCCGGGCAUGUCACCGAGCAUGGCGCCCCCUCCUCCACCGAUGGGAUUCGCCGUUGGGCAGCACGCCGUACCGAUGCCAAGACAACUCGGCACGAUGCCUGAAGACAUGUCAGGCAGCCGGCAGUCCUUCCGGAUGGCAAUGGGUAACCCUUGUGAAUUCUUUGUGGAUGUUAUGUAGACGGGCGGGGUGGGAAUUUUUACGGUGAAUGGGGCUGCGUGGUGUUUUGUGGUGUAUAUGUCCUGUGUGAGUGUGUCAGUUGUGCUGCCUUGUAUGUUAACCUGCAUCAUAUCCUCACCACUUUGUCGCAUUUCAUUGCACAUCUUCUUUUUCUUUCGUUCGUUGGUUGUCAAUUUCUUAGCAGAAAACAACUACUCCUCCCCAAUUGUUUUUAUUUUUGAUUUUAUUUUACCAAAAUUGUUGGGUCAGUUGAAUUGAGUUUGCGGAUUUGUGAUUGUAUAGAAACCAGUUAUAUUUGGCUGAUCUGAUAGUGUACUACAUGUAUGUUUUCGGUGAACAGUUUAAAACAAUUUUUUUUCAUUUACUUUGAAACAAAUUAUUUUGUCAUUUGGAUUUUCUUUUUAUGAUGUUGACUUAUUAAUUUGAUUAUUUUAUAUAGUUGUUUUUAUUUGGGGGCUGUUUUUGUUAUCAAAGUUGUUUGGUGCUCAGCCAGUUUAUGUUUUCUGCUAAGCUAACAAUAACGCUGCUAAGCAGCUCUUUAUCAUUGGACCCCGUGGUCUGUUGGUCUCAUUCCUUUGUCUUCUUUCUUCUUCAUCUCAAUCCAGGGCUCGCGCAAGCCAGCGAGAUCGCUAGAAUGUAGCCCUGAGUUGCCUGGGGAGGUCCACAAGGUAAAACUGCGGUCACGCCCUCUCCGAACGGAUAUUAUUUUUUUUGUCAUGUUACAAAAACUUCUUGCUGCAGUAGACGCUUAGAUUCGGCUGGCAAAUGCAAAACUUUCUAAAUACCUGAUUCUGAAACCUUCACCCGUUUUGAUUUGGAAUUCAGCUCAUUAUUACGAGUCUAAAAAACAUUCCAUCUAAAAUUUCCAUCCGAAAAAGAAAAAAAAAAUCACAAAAAAAAGUUUUUGCCAAAAGUUUUUUUGACUUCUGCAGCCCUGUCUUCUGACUUUUUCUCUUUCUUGAGUGUCGUCGUCAGACUUGUGACUUUGUUGUCAAAUGUUGUCAGUGGCCAGUUUUAACUGUUUGUGCUCUCCUCGUCUUUUCCUUUCAAAUCUGUUUCCAUUUUGUUCUGCAUAUGUAUGAUGUCAUUGUUUGUCGUGAUAAAUUUGAGCUGUAGAGGGUACUUUGUAAAGUCAUGUGGUCCUUGCCUGCUGAAUAUUUCAGCAAUCGAGGGUUGUCC